AUGGGAAAACACUUGUUUGUGCUAGUGCAUGGCCUAUGGGGUAAUUACAAGCACAUGAACGCCAUCCGCGAAGUGUUUGCAGAUUCGUUCCACGACAAGGAGAACACCUUAUUCUUCUCUCCACGGCAAAGCGGCUACUUCAAAACAUUCGACGGCAUCGAAAUAGUGGGUUACCGAACGCUUCUGGAGAUAUGUCAAUUCGUUGAAACUCGGCCAAAGGGAGAAAUCACCAAGAUUAGUUUUGUGGGCUACUCCAUGGGCGGCCUUAUCGCUAGAUUCAUCGUUGGCAAGAUGUUCACGGAGUGCCAUGAGCUAUUUCAAGGUAUCGAGCCACAGCUAUUCAUCACUUUUGCUACUCCACAUCUUGGGGUCCACUUUUACGUAAGAGACCAUCACGCGAGCCAUCAUAAGGCCAUUUCAAGGAUUUUAUCAGCUUUGGGGACUACGGUUUUGGGCAGAUCUGGCAGGCAAUUGUUCAUUCAGGAUGGCGUACCUGAAAAAUCCAUUCUCGUUCGAUUGAGCAAAGGGGAAUAUUUAGAGGGCCUGUCCCGCUUUAAGCAUCGAAUAUGCAUUGCUAAUGUUAAGAACGACAGAACUGUAGCGUUUUACACCUCGUUCAUCACUGAUUGCGACCCAUUUUUGGAAACGGAAAAUCAAAUAAAGUACGAAUUCGAGCGAAACUUGCCGGGAACAAACUUGUGUAUGGUUCCUCGUAUCAUAGACAUGAACAUGCUCGAUCCAGCAUCUUCAAGAUCCCCUCCUGAAGGCCAUUUCUACACGCGCUGGAUGUUCAUAAUCGUGAUAUGCUGCUUUUUAACGUUUGUUUUGCCCUUAAUAUUUGUGGCCAACGUACUAGGGACAUGUUACUCUUAUUUGGCAACCGUCCACUAUCAAAACCUUCUUCAUCAAGGCGAAGGUCGCAGCUUAAUUCGACGCAAAUUAGGUUUGAGAGACAAGAUUGCUGAUUCACUACGUGACACGGUAGGGGCAAUAGCAAGUGAACAAGAGGACAGUUUGGGCGCUGAUAGUGGGCAAACUAUUGUCAAGGAAAAUAUUUCAUGGGAGGAUUUCAUCAAAAAGUAUACUAAUAGUUGGAAUUCGAAAUCAAAACCCAAGUUUGGCGUUUUGAAUUUUGAUGAUCAACGGAAAAGCAUCUUAACAAAUUUAAACAAGCUGUCGUGGAUUCGGAUUCCCUUGUACAUCAAAUCGCUGAAUGCUCACGAUGGCAUUGUGGCCCGAAAGGGCGUAAAAGGUGCGACUCCUUACAGCGUUUCGGGACUUCAAUUUGUCGCUCAGCUGGUUGAUUUUUUGAGCUCGCACUAA